GAGAGAAGGUAAAUUAGAGAGAGAGAGAGAAGGUUAAAUAGAGGUGAUGUUGACAACGGUGGAGAGCGAGAGAGGGAAGCUGCUGGAUCUUUCUGCAUGUCUGUGAAGAUCCGUUGGGUCAGUGAUCUUUGGACAAAAGCUGAAUUUGCAGUCUCCCUAUGCCCAGCAGUGCCAUGGUCACAUUUACUUUAUCAUUUCAGUGCUGCUGCCUCUACAAAAUAGAGUUGGAAGUUAUGUAAAAAGAAUGUCGUUGUCAUCAUCUCGUGAGAAGUCUAAAAUUGAAGCACAGAGAAAGAAGAAAUCAGAGUCAGCAACAAAUAAUCUUACGGCUGCCACUGUUAAACCAUAUCCAAGGCCUAGUGACCGGCUAAACCCAAAAACCAUCAACCCAUUCAGCGACCCAUUGAAGGAACAAUCUGUAUUUGCCGCAGCAUAUGCUAAAAGAGAGAUUCCCUGCAGGUUGUUUCAUGGUUCAGUAAGUCACAGACUGCAGUGGGAUCAGCCACCAGAGACCAUUUGCUUUGACCCUCUUCUUACCACCUUAGCUGAGGGAUUAAGAGAAACUAAACACCCAUAUACAUUUGUAGCCAAGGAAGGUUUCAAAGAAUUGCUGGAGGUUGAAGAUGCUGCUGAGAAAGCUAUUCCACUAGUUCCAAAGGUGAUUCCAAAGUUAAAAGCUGCUCUGGCACAUUCAGAUGUUGAGGUUUUUGAAAGAGGAUUGCAUGCCUUGGUCCAGCUGAGUGCUGUUGUUGGUCCUGCAGUAAAUGGCCACCUUAAACAUCUGUUGACUUGUCUGUCAAAAAGACUGAUGGACAAAAAACUUAAGCAGCUCAUCACAGAUGCCCUGCAGAAACUGGAGCAGCAUGGAGGAAAGGAGAGCCUGGUCAUCAUUAAAUCCAAAAUCCCAACCUAUUGCUCUAUUUGCGCUUGAGAAUAAGAUAACUUCUGCAUUUGGUCAGUACAUUUCUGCAUCUAGAAGGAAAACACGGAUAACAAGAACAUCUUGCAGGAGUUUUAUCUGAUAAUGUGGUGUACUGUUUCAUUUUAUGUAGUUUGCAUACAAAAUCAAAUAAAUAUAUAAAUAAGUUCACAGAAUUCGUGUUAAAGUGAUGGUGAGUUGCAUUAUUCUUUAACGGAGAAAGAAAAUUGUUGAAUUGGUCAGCAAUUGAUUUUUCUCUUGUUAUGAAGGAAGAGAUAUCUAAUAAGUUAUCUGAAUUUGUGCAUAACACCAAGUUGAACCUAUGCCAUAAUUCAGGAAUAUUUGGAAAUGUUUAACUUUGGGAUGGAAUAUUAACAAAUAAACCUAAACAGAUAAGUAUGAUGUUUUGCUAUUACAUAUGGAAAUAUUAACCACCAAUGUAAGAUGGGGAGAUGGCCAGCCAUAAUGAAGCACUGAGAGAUUUUUGGAUGAAUAUUAGCAAGUCUUUAAAAGGUAUACCAGUAGGUUAAGAUAGAAAAUACAAUCUACAAAUCAUUGCACACAACAUGAGAAUCCAAACUACAGUCUCCAUGUCACCUUUAGCCCUUGGGCCUCAAAUUUUAACUCUUAAAGCCAGGCAUUUCAGCUAUCUUUGUACAAAAAUGAAAUAAUGAAAAUCUGAAAAACAGAAAAUGUUGGAAAUACUCAGCAGAUCAGUCAAUAUCUGGGGAGGGAGAAACAGAAUAAAAUUUAAAGUCAUCACAGCUGGCAAAUGUUAAAAAUGUAUCAGAUUUUAAUCAAGCAUAAAGAUGGGGAAAGAUUUGAGGGGAGGAAAGAUGCAGCCCCUGCCCUUUUACCUUCUCAGUUCCCACUAUCCAGGGCCCCAAACGCUCCAUACACGUGAAAAAGCAAUUUACUCUCACUUGCAAUUUAGUAUACUGUUUUCUCCUCCACAUUGGGCAGACCAAAUAUAGAGAGAAUGAAUGUUUUGCUGAACACUUGCAUUCAAUGGACAAGUAUGACCCCAAGCUUCCAGCCACUCGUCAUGUUAAUUCUCCAACCUACUGCCACUCUGACCUCUCUGACCUUGGCCUCCUACACCGUUCUAAUGAAGCUCACUGGAAGCUUGAGAAACAGCACCUUAUCUUUCGAUUAAGCAUUUUACACCCCUCUGAAAUUAGCAUGGAGUUCCAUAAUUUCUGAUCAUAACCACUGCUCACAUUUUUCCAGACAGCAGUUAUUGGUAAUGAUUCUCCUAUUUCCAUUUACAUCUUCUCUGGACCCCUGUUUUGUUCCGUUACUUGUCCCAUUACCACCCCCUUUUGCCUUGCAGCAUCAUCACUUUUGUCAUUUAAUCUCUCCUGCCUUCCAUGCUGGCACAAACCAGCCCUUUUGUUUUUUUCCUCCCCUGUCUCUUUCCCUGCCUCAGUACUUUUUUAAAACCUAUUACAUUUGUAAAUAACUCUGAUGAAAGGUCAGCAGUCUGAAACACCAACUUGGUCCACAGAUGCUGCCUGAUGUGCUGAGUAAUUCCAGCAUUUUCUGACUUUAAUUCUGUUAUAUUUAUGUUUGCAUUUUUUACUUGUCGAUUUGUCUUGUUUUUAGUUUUGAGAGGCCAGAGGUUUGGAAAGGGCUGUUCUUAAUUCUGUUACCUUAUUGGUGGAUAAACCUGAACUAAGUACACUGGUCUUUUGUAUCGAAAGCUUGAAAAAAUUCAAACUGCCGUUUUCUGAAAUUUGAGUUUAACUGAGGAUAAUUUUGACUUGGACAUUAGUGUAAAGCAAUAGUAAUAUCAGAGCAACCGUCCAUUAUCCAUUUCACCUGACUUUCAUUCCCAUCUAGUAUGUUUCCCAUGAAGCUCCAUUAUAUGCAUCUAUGCUGCCUUAACUGUGUAGUGGACACUUGCUUAGAAAUUGGCCCACAUAUAGGCAUGCAUCCAAAAUAUCCAUUAUUGUGGACAUUUCAUUUUACUUUUUGAUGGGCAUGAAAUAUGCUGAUUGUUCAUUUUGCAGUUGCAGAAGUCCACUGAAACAACUUGUCAACAAUGAAAGUUAAAGAAUAAGUUUUUUGAGAAUUGGUGAAGAAUCUCAGAUAUAAAGUUUUCUGAAGGACAGCAAGUGACAGUGGAGUAUAGAGACCAUUAUUAAACUUGCCCGCAAAUCUUGCAGUUGCAGUCCUUUUGUGUGUCACAUUGUAUUUUUCUGAAACUUUCUUGCACCACUUUGCAUUGAAAAUUUAACUGAGAUUUUUAAUCCCCUUCUAUUAUUUCCUGCCCAUCAAUACACAUGCACUCCUCUUUCUCAGGGAUGUGUUUGUUCUUUCUCUAUGGUUCCUCCUAGACAAUAUCCACCUGCUGUAGUUAAUCUCCCUCUUCCUUAAGUUUUUAAUGUGCUUUUGCAUUACCAUUUUAUCAUUCUAUGUCAGAAUUUGUGCACUAAUAGUCAUUAGCAUUAGGAAAGGAGCCCAUGCAAGACACAAUGCUACAGCACUGAUGGCAGUAAUCAAUUAUGAUCAAAUCACUAAAUUCUCUUAGCUGUGUUAAAAGAUUAUUUUAGUGUCACAUGGCUUUUAUAGUAACAGGUGUUCCUGGAUAUUCUUGCUUUUUGUAAACUACAUGUGAAUAAAUCUAUAAACGAUG